AUGGAGCUGGGAAGAGUGGAGUGGUUGAGGGCGAAGGGUGAGGAUGGUGAAGAAGAAGAAGAAGAAGAAGAAGAGGAAGAAGCAGAAGUCGCAGAAGAUGAGGUUAAAGAAAGCCGGGAAGAGUAUGCGGACAACUGGCCAAUGAGAGCGUCGUGGGUCACGGGACACCACGCUCCGUCAUUCUCCGUCAUGCUCCGCCGCGUUCUGGAUCAUCUGUUCUUCCGGUUGAGCGGACUUUCUCCCUCCGACGGUCUCACCACGCCCGAUUGGGAAGACCUCGGGAGAACUACAACGAUAGAUAGAAGGCAUGAGAAAGAAGACGAUUAUACGGAGUAG